AAACCUGUGCAGCGGUCAUAAUGUAGAGGUGAAGCAACAGAUGCAAAAAUGCACAUGUCCCAAUUUGUAAUAUGUUGUGUUGAACUAUUCUCAUUUAAAUAUAGGGUUGACAUGAUUUGUAAAUCAUAGCAUUCUUUUUUUUCACAUUUUACAAAGUGUCCCAAUUUUUUCAGAAUUUGGGUUGUACAUGUCCUACCUGAAAAUCUAGACCCUCUUAUCAUGAGUUUGUCCACACACAUCACAAUGUCCAUUUAAGGUAAGCUACGCUUACAUUGCUGUAGGCAAACCCACUUCUGUGUUUCAUUCCAGUGAAGUAGACGUGUCUGUACACGUCCUACCUACAGUAGGUCUGUCUGGCAUGCUUAAGAAUCAAACCUAGUUUGUAUAUGCAUGGCUUAUUUGAGCACUAGAUAUUAAGCAGAUGCUGUGUACAACAUGCUCAAAUGAACCCUUAUACCAGUUAGGAGAGGUUUAGAGGUCUUAACCAUGCCAGACUGUUUAUGUUGUGGUUUAUGUCUGUUUUUGCUGUUUAUGUGUUGCGGCAUGACUUUAUUUAGAAAUUUCUGGGAUAACUGCCAAUUUGGCUAUAGCCUUCACUUCUAAAUGUUUAGGAAGACAUCGCAAUGAAAUCAAGGCAUGUGUUGACCUGUUUUAAGUCUAGUUGUUGCUUAUGCGUAUUUAACAUGAGAGGAAUGAGGCUGUGUAACAAGAGGAACCGCCAGGCUGUGGGACGGACACAGCACCAUAAAAACAAUCAAGUCCGCCCCUCAGCACACGAGACAGCAAUGAUUCUACCAUCCUCCUAUUUGGUCUGUCGCUGGUGAACACACUCUUACUCUUGUUCCCAUUCUCACACUCUGAAAAGAGAUUUCCUUUGAAAAGAACUGGACAAUAACAUUUACACAGUUUUCUCUUCUUUAAAAGGUUAACCAUGAACCAGUCCUGCAUUGGAGAUGGACAGAACUGUUCCAUCAGCGACUUCAAGCGCAAUGUUUACCCAACAGCAUACCUGCUCAUCUUCAUCAUCGGACUCAUAGCUAACUUAAUAUCACUGUGUGUCUUCCUUAAGAUGUGGAGAGCAGAGAAAACUCUCUCAUCGAUCAACCUGUUCAUGGUGAACCUCACUGUGUCUGACCUCAUGUUGAUCUGCUCGCUGCCCUUUCGAGCCUCAUACUACAUCAACGACUCAAACUGGGUCUUUGGUGAUGUCACCUGUCGCAUCAUGUCCUAUGUCCUCUAUGUCAACAUGUAUGGAAGCAUCUACUUCCUCAUGGUUCUCAGUGUGAUUCGCUAUGUUGCCAUCACCAAACCCUUUACCUACGUACGCCAGCAGCAUUAUCGCUGUACCUGGCUAGUGUGUCUCUCCAUAUGGCUGUUGGUGUCCUUGGCAUCCAUUCCGAACCUCUUUAGUGGCACAAAUCAAGGUGAGAAGGUGACAUGCCUGGAGCUUGUGGAACCAGUGGUAGACUUAUUGAACACCAUUAUCAUCAUGAACUAUGGGGCAUUGUUGCUUGGUUUCCUCAUUCCCUUUUUGGUCAUCCUUGUAUGUUACACACUUGUGGUGCAACGCCUCUUGAAGCAAAACAUUGUGAAAACUCAAAGGCAACUAUACAAAAAGUCAUGUUACCUCGCCGUCAUUGUGCUUGUCAUCUUCCUGGCCUGUUUUCUGCCCUACCAUGUGGCACGGUCCAUCUUUUUGCAGGCAGAACGGGAUCUGUGCACAAAUGGAACCAGGGGCUCGUGUGGAUACAUAGUAGCAGCACGUAAAGCUGCAGUCAUCACACACUGUCUGGCCUCGGCAAACAGCGUCUGGAUCCACUCCUGUACAUUUUUGUUGGAGAGAAUUUCCGGAAAUUCUGGCGAAAAAAAAGUCGAAAACAAAUUAAAAUGAACAGCGCACAGAGGAAUACUGCUAAUGUUGCAAAUGCAAAAACAGAUAUACAAAUGUUAAGCACUCAAAGAUGAAGUUUGUUGAAACAAAGAU